AUGUCUCGCUUUGUAAAUCGUUCUAGUAGCAGGAUGUUGAAGUUCUAUACUGAUGGGAAGUCGGAUAGAACUUCCAACGUAUUUGGAGUUUUAGACAAGCUCAGAAAGCGAUUGAAGGCUAAAAAACGGUCGGGGGAAAGAGCGGAAGUUAAAGAAAGUGAGGAAGGAGACGUGGAGGCUGAAAAAGGGGAGGGGAAAACGGCGGAGGACGGAGACAUGCCCGUCAGAUUUCAAAAACGUGUGCUUACUGUUUGCAAGAAUAACAUGGCGAACAGUAAGCAAGUGGGCCAAUGCAUGGGGGGCCUAUUCUCCCGUGCACAGGAGAUGUGCACAAGGAAUCAUGGGACAGGGAAGAAUAAUUCCCUGUCCCUAUGCGAGAUUGACUGGGCCCCAAAUGAAAUAUUGGCGCUAGGAACAAUAUUUCGAUAUUAUAGCGUCCGCUAUAUAUAUAAAGAUAAAGGAGCCGAGCAGUCUCCGUUCCCGUUUGACCUACAAGAAUGGUAA